AUGGCUUCUCCUCCUUCUUCUCCUUCUUCUCCUCCUUCUUCUCCUCCUUCUCCUCCUCCUCCACCUACACCUUUGCCGAUGGAUCUCCAAUUCGAAAUUUUGUCUUAUCUUCCAUGCAGGUCUGUGGUGAGAUUUCUGGUUCUCUCCCAUGCACACUUUUCCUAUAUCAACUCGCGGGAUUUCAUCACUGAACACCACGAGAGGUCUCCCAAGUAUGUUCUUCUUCUCCCCUCGCUCGACGCCUCUCUCCACAAUGAUGACGCUAGUCUCAGUCUAUCAACCGAAUUGAGGUUUCCUUUCUUGGAAAGAGCUAAUAACGAAAUCCUCUGCAUUAUUGGCGAAUGUGACGGAAUUCUUUGCAUAGAAACCUAUAGAGGAAUCUUCUUUGUCAAUCCUGCAAUCUUGAGGUUUUUCUUGGUCGGUCCUACUCAACCACAAAACAAUCCACACGUUCACUGUUACGGUUUCAUUCGUAAGGGAUUCGAUUAUAUACUUCUCCAUAUUGAAGUUGAUAAGCAGCAUCACAGGCGUCGAGGAGGUCCCCAGAGUCCUCGUGCUUGGGUCUAUUCUUUUCAGCAACGUUCUUGGAGACAUGUAGAAACUCCUAUUUGUACCUUGUGUCUAAGUAUGUGUUAUCCUCGGAGUGCUGUUGCUUACGAAGGUUUUUUGCACUGGGGUGCGAAAAGAUGGGUUGAAAGUUCUUGGCAUUAUUUCAUCUUAACAUUUUGUCCCCAUAAUGAGAUCUGUGGGGAAUUAUUGCUUCCAGACCGUUUGGCGGUCCCUUCCACCAAUGAUAAUAAAGGUGUAUUUCUUGUUGGAAGUGGCAGCAACAAACCUUUGACGGCGUAUUCUCUGAACUACGCUGAGACUCAUCAUUUUACCUCUGUGUGGACGAUGGAUAGAUAUGGAGAUAGAGACCAUGUGGGAAUUGUCAGCAAUAACAACAAAUUGGUAGAUGGAAUUCUCAAUAGCUGUCAAGACAAAGUAAUUGCUCUGGUCAUAGUUACUAAAAUCCUUGCCCAAAACAUUUCCUCAAAUCUGCAGGUUCUAAAUGGAAAAACCAAAAAAACGAAAAUACUGAACCUGAGAAUUGGGAUCCAGUUUCUCACAUUAUUUGACUUUCUUUAA